UCGGCCAAACUCAAGUGAAUUACAUUCCCCGACGGCUUCGUGGUUUUCUGGACAAUUUUUAUCCAAUUCCGUGGCGUGUAAGAGUGGUAAUUCCAUGUUAUCUAUCUUUUGUGCCCUACUCACAAAUGUCAGACCGUCUUCGUUAAACACUUUCCAGUAUGGAUUAAAUCGCUAUUUGAAGGCUCUGCACCACUGUAAGAAAUCUAACAUCAUCAGAGACCCUGCAUUUUCCGAUGCAAAUGAAAUGCUUGAAAAUAUGGAAAAGAUGACUAAGGCCAUAUUUGCAGUGAAAGUGGACAGUACUGGACUGAAAUACGUACAUAAGGCUGUGGACGAACUGACAAAAAAUCAUAGAGCUUGUGACAAAGAUAAUGUUUCUGGUUUCAUGCCAGAAGAACCAGACUCACUCAUGUGUCGGGUGCCUUUAUUUCAAACAUACAUCGAUAAACUGCAUUCUGAUCUGGACAGGCUCUGGCAGAACCUAAACAUUCGUUCCUGGAUGAAGAAAGUUUCUGGUUUACCGGAAAACCAGGGGGAAAGGACACCUUAUCACGCUUCAUGUCCAAACUUAGUGGAUAUUCUAAUCUGUCCCAAAUAUAUACCAAUCACAGCAUCCGUGCCACAGGGGCCACGAUACUUUCACAGUUCAACUUCAGCGCGUCGCAAAUUAUGGCGGUCACACGUCAAAAUUUAA